AUGCUGGGAGUGGUCCGGGCGGUGCGACUGCUGCGCAUCCUGCGAAUGGUGCAUCUCUUGCAGAUCCUCCCGGCCUUGGCCUUGCUGGUGAAAGGUCUCGUCAGCACGAUUAUCACCAUCAUGGAUGCGAUGAUCCUACUGGGCAUUAUCUCCUAUAUCGGAGCCUUGAUCUGUAGCGAGGUCCUGGGCCGCAAGGACCCGCCCGGAAGGACGAAGCCUGAAGGCUUCUUGACACACAUCCAGCUGGUCUUAGUGGAGGGUUGGCCCACGAUCUCUGCAGCGAUGCUGAAUGAUUCAAAGUUUUGGGCGGCUUAUUUGGUGGUCUUCAUUUGCUUGAGCAACUUUGCCCUCCUGAACCUGGUCACAGGUGUGGUGUGCGAGCGGGUCAUGGAGCUGGCCCGACAGCUGCCACCCGCCUCGUUCGAAGAGAAGGAGUUCGAGUUCGAGAUGCUGAAACAACAGGUGGCGGAGUUGUACGAAGCGACUCCCAAGAAGAAGUCCAAGUACUUGUCGCAGCAUGAGUAUAUCAGGCUCUUCAAGUCGGUUCUGGCCAAUGAGGUUCUGGAUGACUUAAAGGUGACCCUGCCAUCGCAGAAUGACCUGCUGCAGUGCUUGAUUGAUGAAGAUGCCAAUGGCAAAGUGACUUGUAGCGAGCUUCAAGAAGGUCUCAUGCGCUUGCGCUCCAACCGCUUCGACGAGGUGAGUCGCGCCAUGCAAUGCACGGUGCGGAAGUGCACGAACCGGAGCUUUCGAGAGAAGCUGAAAGCUGCAAUCUGCGAAGUCUUUCAAGCGCGGACUUCGAACCUGCAGGGCCAGUUGAGGAGCACCAUGGAUUCCACCAUGGACCACGCGGAGGAGCAAAUAUCAGAGCUUCGCAGGAAAGAGGUGAGAAAACAAGAGAAGAAUCUGAUGGAAAAGACCUAUGCCAUGAAGACCUUGUCCUAUGCCAUUGCGGCCUUGCAGAAAGAAUGCUCGAAUGCAUUUCUACCCAGCAUUGGAGCUUUGAGUGACUACAAAGGAAACACGACCUUUGGGAUUGCUGAGUAUGAGUAA